UUGUGAGAACAUAAUAGAAACCGGUUGAAGUGGUUCAAGUGUCCUAAGGCUGACUAAGUGUGACCAUAAAAGGGCCCUAAUCAAAUGAAGGUUUUUAGGACGAUACUGAAUUAUCCAAUGAUAGGCUAAAUGCCGCCAGGCUGAACGACACCCGACGUGGCCUAAGCCAUUGUCGCUUAACUAAUCGUUCGACAGGAAGAUGCGUUUAAAAAGCUGCGUCAUAGCUUGGUCUUCCAUCUGCGUGAUCUGUGUUAUUGCAUUAUGGCCGGCUAUUCCAGGAGUCCAUGCAGGUCGGGACUUUCGUGGCGGUCGAGGAGCCAGAGCUUCUCGAGUUACAUUAAAUACCUCGAAACGUCUCCGUUUGCCCCGUGGAACUGGUGACAACUACUACGAUCGAACAUCUUGUCCCGAUUCGUAUGAACAGUACUAUGUGGGUGGAAACGUUGCUGGCUCCGGCAGUGGAGGACAGUCUUCGGCUUAUGAAGAUCGUAGUUUCGCCGCACCUUCGACGUCGGCCUAUAGCCAUUUAGCGACGUCGACGCAGAAAUCCGCUUACAAGAUGUCGCGUUCGCGGAACAAGCCGGAGAUCAAAAUUGGUUUCCUUGGUACGUUCUAUCAGGGCCGCAUGUUAGGGAAGCUGGUGGUGGGCGCCAUGCCACUAGCAGUUCACGAUGUGAACCAAGAUGAAGAUGUUCUUCCUGAUCAUCGACUAACGUUCGUGGCAGAAAAUGUUGGUCAACCAGAAGGAUCUGGAGGUGUCAAAAAAAUGACCGAUCUUCGAAAUCAGGCAGUGAAAGCAUUUAUUGGUCCAGACGAAAGCUGUUUUGCUGAAGCACUUGUUGCCGACGCCUGGAACAUGCCAAUGAUUACAUAUAUGUGUUACGACCAGCGAGUGAGCCGUGGCAAAAUUUUCAAGACAUUUGCCCGUACGUUGCCUUCAAGCUCAAAGGUGAGCAAAAGUGUCAUCGCCUUAUUGAAGUAUUUCGAAUGGACGCGGGUGACCCUUGUCGUGGCGGAAUCAACAACCUACGUGCAAACUCAUGUGGUUUUGGUCGAUCUAGCGAAGCGGCACAACAUCACAGUCACCAGCACAUACAUGAUCACGGGCGACUACAUGGAAACGAACGUCGACAACCUCCACCGAAUCGUGCAGGACUCGUACGAAAUUACUCGAAUCUACAUUCUGCUGACGGAUACACAUGCCUUGAUCGACUUCGUUGGUGUAAUGGAAAAAAAGGGGUUACUGGCGGCAGGCGAAUACGUCAUUAUUUCCGUCGAAGAAGACGAAAUCUAUAACCCGAUGGUGCAUUACCAGUUUAUGAUCAAAGAGUGGGAUCGGCCGCAUUACUCACGUUUCGAUGCAACACCGUUCCGAUCGGUGCUGAUGAUAACGCCGUGUGCUCCACAGCUCGAGACCUAUCAGAAGUUCCAGGAAAACGUUCAGAAGUUUGCAAGCCAGCCACCUCUCUGUAUUCCGUUUCAUCCCCGUGUUCAGGUAGAUAUACCUCCAUACGCAGCGAUGGCGUACGAUGCCGUCUGGCUGUAUGCGCGAGCAGCAACGGAGCUUCUCAAGAGAAACCAGAGUCUCGAAAAUGGCACAGCCUUAAUCGAUGUCAUCAGAAAUAACGUGUAUAGAAGUGUAAUGGGCUUCGAUAUCCAAGUCGACGAGAACGGUGAUUCAGAAGGAAAUUAUACGGUUCUUGGUUUCGCCAACGCGUCCGAUGAACAUCUCUCGCCUGUUGGAAGGUUUUCCAUAGCUCCUACGGAUGCCGGCUCGUCGAACGGCACUAAUGGUGGAGAACUACUACCUAUCUUCCAGUUAGAAAGCGAGCUGGCGUGGCUCGGAGGACGACCCCCACUGAGCGAACCGCGUUGCGGAUUCUUCAAAGAAAAGUGCAUUUCCGAUAAAGACUGGCGCGGUGUUCUAGUCAUCACUUCGUGCAUAUCGAUUGUACUUGCCGGAUGUCUGGCGCUGGCACGCCACUACCGUUACGAAUAUCGGUUGGCAAAGUUACUCUGGAAAAUCGAUAUCCGAGACGUCCUGUCCCUACCACAUCUUCAGUAUCAGCAUCAGCCGCAGCACCUUCAGCAGCAGCAUCCUCAGCGGGAAAGCGCCAGUGGAAACCAUUUGGGCUACCCCCAGCGACAGCAGCCCAGCAACUACGCAUCACAACAGCGUCAAAACGGCAUUUCAAGAGCGACUUCGCUCCCGAACUGCAACAGGACCACUCCCCCAUCGACGAACCCUCGAGCUACUAUAUUUGCUAGCGAAUCCCCAGCAAGCUUACCGACAGGCAUCUGUCCGGAUGAAGAUUCCUACGAGCCAACGGAUGCCGAUGGAGGCUGUUCUCGUGUAUGCUUCUACAAGGGAAAUAUGGUUUUCAUCAAGCCCAUUUAUAAGAAGAGUAUCGACCUUACAAGGAGCAUUCGAAAAGAGCUCAUUCAGAUGCGCGAGAUGCGCCACGAAAACGUCAAUCCCUUUAUUGGAGCCUGCGUCGACCCGCCAAACAUCUGCAUUUUUACCUUGUACUGCGCCAGGGGGUCGCUUGAGGAUGUGCUAAAGAACGAAGACCUGACGUUGGACGGUAUAUUUGUAUCGUCACUUGUGGCCGAUCUCCUAAAGGGCAUGAUCUAUAUCCACGAUUCGGAUAUUGUGUCGCAUGGUAACCUGAAAUCUUCUAAAUGUUUGGUAGACUCGCGCUGGGUGCUGCAAAUCACAGAUUUCGGCCUUCACGAAUUUCGGUCGGGUCAAAACAUGCCAAACACGAAUCGUCGAAAUAGAGGUCUUCUUUGGCGGGCUCCAGAGCUCCUACGCGAACAAUCGCUUCUAUCACGAGGGACCCAGAAGGGAGACGUCUAUUCAUUUGCAAUCAUCCUUUACGAGAUCGUUGGUCGGGCAGGCCCAUGGGGACCAGACCCAUUACCCAUUAAAUGCAUUAUCGACGCUUUGAUCAACCCGCCAGACCCUCUGCAUCCACCCCGACCACCAUUGGAGGCGCUGAAUUGUCCAGACUAUGUUGUUCAAUGUCUGCGCGAGUGCUGGGACGAAAAUCCCGAUCAGCGGCCGGACUUCCACUUUGUGAACGUUCGCCUCAGAGAAAUGCAAGCUGGAUUGAAACCGAAUAUUUUCGACAACAUGAUUGCCAUAAUGGAGAAGUACGCGUACAAUCUCGAAUCACUCGUCCAAGAACGAACUUAUCAGCUUCUUGAAGAGAAGAAGAAGACCGAAAAUCUCUUACUACGAAUGUUGCCUAAGCCAGUUGCUGAGCAGCUGAAACGGGGUGAACCGGUGCAAGCGGAAAGUUUCGAAUUGGUGACCAUCUAUUUUUCGGAUAUCGUCGGCUUUACGGAAUUGUCAGCUCAGUCCUCACCUCUACAGGUCGUCAAUCUUCUCAACAGCCUAUAUACAUGCUUCGACUCUAUCAUAGAGAACUAUAACGUCUAUAAGGUCGAGACUAUUGGAGACGCUUAUAUGGUCGUUAGCGGACUGCCAUUGAAAACGUGCGAUCACGCUGCACAGGUAGCGUGUAUGGCCUUGCAUUUGCUAGCGGCGAUCGCCGGCUUCGAGAUCCCACAUCGGCCGGGCGAAAGGUUAAUGCUCCGUAUUGGCAUUCAUUCCGGACCCUGUGUCGCGGGGGUCGUCGGCCUGAAGAUGCCGCGAUACUGCCUGUUUGGCGACACCGUGAACACUGCUUCCCGAAUGGAGUCAACAGGACUUCCUCUUCGCAUACAUAUCAGCGAGACGUGCAAAAAGCUUUUGGAGAAGUCGGGUGGAUUCCGCCUCGAGGAGCGUGGGCUGACCAUGAUCAAAGGCAAAGGCGAAAUGCGGACAUACUGGCUGCUUGGUAAGGCAAACGGCGGCGGCGGCGGCGGCGGCAGCAGCAGCAGCAGCAGCAGCAGCAGCAGCAGCAGCAGCAGCAGUAGUAGUAGUAGUAGUAGCAGUAGCAAUAAUCAUUUGUGCGAACAGAACCACGCCGGCGCAUCAGUUCAACCAACCAUUACGCCAGCCAUCACACCCUCGGCUUCAGUUGGAAAUUCGGGUCACUAUGCCAGCUUUUCAGCCCAAUUUCUUCAGCCCGUCACAUUAAGUACUCGCAAUUUAACCGGGCACCUGCGAUCAAACUCGCUCACGACGACGUGGCUGUCAUCACCCGUGGCAUCGGCGAAGUCGACUACGCUUCAGCACGCCACAAGGACCUGCAGUACCGGUGGAGGACGGUUACCUUUUUUCCGUUAGGGAGUAACGCUAGAGAGAGGAGAUGCAGGUCGAAGUUAUAAGAAGAAGCGUACAAAAGUGGAAACUAGUCAAAUUGUUGACAGUAUAAGCAAUAGCGUGUACAUAAAUGCAAGGAUAAAGCUUGCAAUACCGGAAGUCGGCUGCACUGUGCCCACGGUAUAAGGACUGAUAUUACCAUUUUAUCCGAAUUCUAAAUUAUUCUUGUAUCUGCAUAUAAUUUUAUCGUGCUUGCAUGCGUUCGAUACGUUUGUUAGUUUUCAUUUGAAUGUUUGGUCUACGAUCACUUAUGCCACGAAGGAACAGAGUAACCGAUCUAGUGUUCCCAAGGUUCUAACUCAAAAACACAUCGGCGGUCGCUACUCUUUGCGAUAAUAGGAAAAUCGCAUGAAAACUUGUUUCUUUCUCGUAGUUCCGCCAGUUAACAAUAGAAUCAAGCUUUCGCUCAAAGACACGGCGCGUUUAGAAACUACAAUGCUUGAAAAAUGGCAACAAAAAUGAAAUUAGUAACAGGGAACAAUGACGAUUUUCGCAAUGGGCAUCCGUCCAGAAUAGUUCUCGCGAUCGGCUGUAAUUUGAACUUGAGAUCUCUAGUCUGGAGGUGAGAUCCAGACUCAUCUUGAGGGUGGAGUUUCAAAACGAGGUGCAGCAGAACGGCGACGAAAAUACAAUUUAUUGGAAUGAAGUGACAAAAAAUCAGCGAUACGAUGAAACAGAACUGUAUUAAGCUAAAUCGGAGAAGAAUAAACUUCAGGCCGACAGCUCGCUUUCCGAACGCCGAAGAGAAAGGUCCUAAAAAGCCGACAUAGGCCUUUUCGGCCAAAUCACGAAAAUCUCUAAACUAGUAGAUCGAUGUGCGUCUUAAUGAAAUCGUGUGUUCCCGAUGGAAGCAGAAUGAUCCAGAGGAAAAAGGGUGUUGAAUUUUGCCUGAAACGGAAACUGCCUAAAGGUUGUUAGUAGGAGUGGACUUGUAUGAUAAUAAGUAAAGUAGUGGUGUAGUUCGAAACGCAAAGUCCGCCUACAGGAAAAAAAUAAUUGUGGAUUUCAUGCCGCGAUAACACUAAGAUGGAACACCGGUAUUGAUGAUCAGUUCUAUGUCAAGCCACUGUGGAACAAAUACGACACGAUCGACUGAGCGACUGCAUUUGUAUGACCUAAGGGCCAAUGUCGAAAGCCUACUUUCGACCGAUCUGCAACUAUGGAUUUUCUUUUCGUUUUUUCACACUGACAUAGCUACGAAAGCCAAGGGGCACACUCGUGUAUACACUGACUGAAUGAGUGGAAUGUAACUUCCGUAUGAGACAAGCUGUCUGCUGAUUUGCGUCAAACAUUUUGCUAUCAAUGAACCUGAUCAACCUUGAAACGCAUCCGCUCCUGUUUUCUUUCCGUUUCAACCGAACACAUGACUAACCAUUUACCUAUGCUCAUAUUUGCUACAUAUAUGUCUAUUAGAAUCCGGAAUACGAAUGCUUUUUGGGUUUUGCUACAGCUCUGUAGUUCGACGGUGGAAACAAGCGUGGAUAGACAUUAACCGGAUCCUGAACUGGCAUCUUGAGGAAGGAAUCAAUUCACAGUAGGUUGUAGUUUAGCCUCGUGAAGGUCAGACGGUGUAAGGUCGGCAUGCAAUAGAUCACAUAACCGGGUCCAUUUUAACAAAUAGGGUAGGCGAACGUACGGUCCGGACGUGACAUAUGCGCUAGGUUAGUCUUAAAGUAACGAAAUUUAUCUUGUAACAAGCCCAAACUAGAACAGCUCAGUUCGGUAUUGAGCAAGGUAAGUCCGCUGUUUUUCAAGUGUCCUCAACCGCUCGUAUUCAUUUCAUUGAGUCAAUAUCAUGUUUUUUGGACCAGUUUGUUUUAACGAAGCAUAAAUUUGCAUGCAAAAAAAGCAUGAUUUGAGCAUUUAUGGAGCAGCUGAGCCUAAUAAGGCAGCGUUCGCUGCUACUCGUUAGCCUUUUAACUAGGACGUAUAAACAGAAGAAGUAAUCCUCUUCCGUCCUCAGUGGAUCCAGAAUCUGAAUAACACCAAAGUAACACCACCACCAUGUAAACAUUUAGGCGUUGCAUUAUUGAAGGGUUUGGAUAUAUAAACAUGGGCAUCUACGAUCAUCUGAUCGAUAAAAGCGCUAUCUUGAAAAUUGCCGUCGCCUGCUUUUACAAUGGUGUUGGAACAACCCGUUAACCUGAAAUAGAACUUGUGUUUAUCCUUUAGAAUAGUUAGAAAUUGCGCUAUGGACAACGUUGUAUCAAUCGAGGAUUACUUCGUGCCCCGAAAAAGAGAUCAGAAUAGAAUACCAGCCCAAGGUAUUAUCAAGUAGCUGGGCGAUCCGAUAAGUUGAACACUGUGUAUACCUGUAAUAGAAUAAAGACGAUCUUAAAGUUUCUAAUCGAACAUGAUAAGUAAUAACAGUAAUUAAAAACAACGAUACAAAGAUUAACAAGUUGCUCUCGAAUGUCAUACAUCGGUCGAUCGCAGCCAUUUUCUGAAAACGGCAUAUUAUGUUUUUUUUUUUUUUUUGUAAAUCUCAGAGAUUUGUGCAAAUGCUCUUUGCUGCAAUAUCGUAACAGAUAAUUGAAACUACUCUAUAAAAUCACCUUCUACAAAUAACGUAACAUAUACUACAAGUCCAAAUCAAACUAACUUGAGCAAACAAACUAAUUAUAUAAAGAAAUAUUAAAAUUGCAUAUAUACUAAAUUGUCUCUUGACUUGCAUCUUCUCACAGAUAAUGUCCUAAUGACUAACGGUGCGCCCACUCUACUAAGUUUUCGAAUAUAGUUCAAGUGAAGAACUAUCUUGAGCGUUCACUUAUCAAGUGAUUUGAAGCUCAUUGCGUACCUCAUACGAAUUUAUACAAACAACAUACAAUACUGGAGCUGUAUACAUACAUGAUAGGUAUACGUCGUGUUUUUUUUUGUAUUUAUUACCAUAUUAUUUUAAUACUUUCGACCAGCUGUUUUAGUGGCGCAGAUUUUUACCGUGAUGAACACCGACGAGAUAAAAUCUAUUUCAGACAUUGUUAUCGUAUACAAGGGCAGAGGGAAGAUUUUCUAGGUAGAUGCUCCUUGUGGUUAGUGUCACUAGUAUGACACGUUAUAGUGACGAGGAUAGAUAACCGUAACAAAUACGAUACGGUACUUGUCCAACAAAAUCAAGCUAGAAAUUAUCAAUCGUAUCGCAUUAUAACAACGCCAAUCUAAACAAAUAAAGCGUCCUAUAUUUAUUAUAUAUACCAGAAAUCACUCCUUAUAGUAUUGAUAAUAAUUCGACUCGAAACUAAGAGUAGAGGCUACAGUUGGGGAAAACUAUGUUAUUAGUUGAACGAAAAAUAACUUCGCUCCCGUUCCAUCAUUACCACUAGCUUUCGAGUAAGACAUCAGUAAUUAUUUAUCAAGCGUUUGUACUAUUGCCCGCUUUGUCUGCCGAAGUUUAACU